AUGGAGCGCAUGGACAACCGAGAUCAAAAUUCUAUCGUCGCAGAGAAAGAACAUUUUCAAGCCAUUAACGAACACCCAGUGGACGACAUUUCUUUGGAAUUCUUUUACAAACCUCACACGGUGACACUGUUGACAGUUUCUGUUCUGGGUUUGCUGUACACGGCCUUCACGAGGGAGAAUGACAGUUCAGAGGCUAAUAUCUGGGGUGGGGUUUGUUGUGUGGUCUUCUUCUUCAUGAUCAUCAGCGUUCUGGCCUUUCCUAAUGGCCCCUUUACAAGACCCCACCCAGCCAUAUGGAGGAUGGUGUUUGGUAUCAGUGUACUCUACUUCCUUCUGCUGGUGUUCAUCUUGUUUCAAAGUUUUAGUGACGUUAAGAAGAUGAUUGGCUGGUUAUAUCCAGACUUAAGAAAUAGCAGCACAGACGAGAAGGAAUACGCUGUGAACUGUUCUCACAUCACAUUGGCACGAUUCUGGGCAUCAUUCGAUUUCUUUGCCUUCUCACAUUUUUGGGGCUGGGCACUGAAGGCACUACUGAUCCGGCACUAUGGCAUCUGCUGGACCAUCAGUAUCAUGUGGGAGAUUACAGAGAUGGCAUUUGCACAUUUACUGCCAAACUUCGCAGAGUGCUGGUGGGAUGCGAUCGUCCUUGACGUGUUGAUCUGUAACGGACUGGGCAUCUGGCUGGGGAUGUAUAUCUGUAACAAACUGGAGAUGAGGAACUACCACUGGGAGAGUAUCAGAGAUAUUCACUCUACCCCAGGGAAAAUCAGACGAGCUGUGUUACAGUUCACACCUGCCAGUUGGACACAUGUUCGCUGGUUGGACCCCAACUCUUCCUACAUGCGUGUCGUUGCUGUUGCAAUACUAGUAGUCAUAUUUCAGUUGGCAGAACUGAACACGUUUUUCCUGAAGCACAUAUUUAUUAUACCUGAGAGUCACACGCUGAAUGUGAUCCGUAUUUUACUGAUCGCGGGCACCUCCGCUCCGGCCAUACGACAGUAUUAUGGCUAUGUGACAGAUCCCCAAUGUAGGAGAGUGGGCACACAGUGCUGGGUGUUUUGUGCAAUAUCUAUCAUAGAAGCCAUCAUCUGUGUGAAGUUUGGGUUAGAGUUGUUCAAGCAGACAGAGGUUACGUACAUUGUCAUGUGGCUCUGGGUUAAUAUGCUGAGCAGUGUAGUGUGUAUCUACUUAUGUGCCCUGAUCGCUAAGAAAUGGAAGUUGUUUGAGGAACUCAUAGAGGAGGUUGUACCAAAAAUCAAACAGAAAAUCCAUGAGAAGGCCAAAAGGUCACCAGUUCGUACAGCAAAAUAUGUUGUCAACGGCAAUGCGGAGGAGAUGAACAGAAGGUACAAUUUGCGGCGACGUGAGAUAUCGAUAGCGACAAAACUCGCAAAUGGUCAUCACUUGUGAUGGGUGUAGGGCAGAAAACGAGUCCGUUUUGCGGUUGGCAUGGUAACUACACAUGCGGGAUCAGUCUUGUACGUCUGAUUAUUAAGGUGUACAAUUUAUUCGCAGCACUUGGUGCUGAGCAGCAGUAAAAGUAAUAGUCACCAGAUAGCAAGGAGGAGUUAUUUCCCCUUAGUAUAGAUGAUAUUAAGGACAUACUUACAUGUAUACAUUGAGAUUUUCAGAAUGGGCAUAUUUGUGAUUGUGAAGGGUAGUUUGGUAUGUGUAAAGUAGAGCAUGAAACUUAAAAACAGAAAAUAUCAAUCUUUCUUCCUGUAUUUCACUUGAAAUUUCGUCCAUGACUAUUUUCCUAAGUCACUCAUAUGCCUGAUUUUUUUAGUGUUUUUGGAAGGUAGGAUGAUAUCCUAUUGGAAAAC